GUGCUCUGCGCCGCCACGGGCGGGGACGGUCCAAGAUGGCCGCGGGAGAGGAGGAGGGGGCGAGGACGGGGACGGGGACGGAGUCGGAGGCGGCGGUGGAAGAGCUGCGGAGCUUCAAGGACCUGGGAGUGACAGAUGUGCUGUGUGAAGCUUGUGACCAGUUGGGAUGGAAGGUGCCAACGAAGAUCCAAGUUGAGGCUAUUCCAGUGGCUCUCCAAGGCAGAGAUGUCAUUGGACUGGCAGAAACUGGCUCUGGAAAAACAGGAGCUUUUGCCUUGCCAAUUCUUCAGGCACUGCUGGAAACACCUCAGCGGCUGUUUGCUCUUGUCCUCACACCAACAAGGGAGCUGGCCUUUCAGAUCUCAGAGCAGUUUGAAGCUCUGGGAUCCUCCAUUGGUGUCCAAACUACUGUUAUUGUAGGUGGAAUUGACACAAUGUCUCAAUCGCUGGCCUUAGCCAAGAAACCACAUGUUAUAAUUGCAACCCCUGGCCGUCUAGUUGAUCAUCUGGAGAACACAAAGGGCUUCAACUUACGUGCUCUGAAGUUCCUAGUGAUGGAUGAGGCUGACCGGAUUCUUAACAUGGAUUUCGAGACAGAGGUGGAUAAGAUACUAAAAGUGAUUCCUCGAGAUAGGAAGACAUUUCUGUUUUCUGCCACCAUGACCAAGAAGGUUCAAAAACUCCAACGUGCAGCUCUGAAGAAUCCUGUUAAAUGUGCUGUUUCUUCCAAGUAUCAGACAGUUGAAAAACUACAGCAGUACUAUAUUUUCAUUCCCUCAAAAUUUAAGGACAGCUACCUGGUUUAUAUCUUGAAUGAACUAGCUGGUAACUCUUUCAUGAUAUUCUGUAGUACAUGUAACAAUACUCAAAGGACUGCUCUACUGCUCCGCAACCUGGGGUUCACUGCCAUUCCUCUCCAUGGGCAGAUGAGUCAGAACAAACGUUUGGGUUCUCUAAACAAAUUCAAGGCAAAGGCACGUUCUAUUCUGCUGGCUACUGAUGUUGCAAGCAGAGGUCUGGACAUACCACAUGUAGAUGUCGUGAUAAACUUUGACAUUCCUACACACUCUAAGGAUUACAUUCAUCGUGUUGGGAGAACAGCUCGAGCUGGAAGAUCUGGCAAAUCUAUCACCUUUGUCACACAGUAUGAUGUGGAGCUAUUCCAGCGCAUUGAACACCUGAUUGGCAAAAAGCUGCCGGCAUUCCCCAUGCAAGAGGAAGAAGUUAUGAUGCUCACAGAGCGUGUGGCUGAGGCCCAGAGAAUUGCUCGAAUGGAGCUGCGGGAGCAGGGAGAGAAGAAGCGAUCUCGGAAUGAUGAUGAUGACACAGAAGAAGCUAUUGGUGUCAGGAAUAAGGUGGCAGGUGGGAAGAAGAAGAAAAGGAAAACCUUCUAGUUUGGUAUUUGAACACUUUUUAACUUUUCUCUUCAUGGCUGUAUGAGCUGGCAAAAAUGGUCUACCAAGCCAUCUCUAAUGGAUUUUUUUUCAAAACUACAUUGAACUUGGGUGGUCCGCAAGGAAAACAACAACUCUUCUGCUUCACCAGCUGCAGACUGAGCUUGGACCAUUGUGGUACCGUAGUACCAAUCUUCCGUUCAGAGACAUCAUCAGAGACUGUCACCUCUGGACUUGUAAGCAGCUGUGGUCUGACCCUGCUCAUUCACGAAGAAGUGCAGUGUGAGUGCAGCUGUUGCACUGCUGCAGCCUGUCUCACUAUCCAAUCUCACUGAGUGCAUCUGGGGUCAGAUAGAUCUGUGAGAAAAAGUUAAACGACUGACUUUUCACAGGGAUGUGUUAUGUGGAGAACUCCAAAUAUAUUUUGGUUAAUUUUAAAGCUA